AUGUUACGCUCUCUUCAUUCUGCGGCUACGUUAUCUAACAAGAGGUUUUACUCUCUCAUAUCUCAUUCAAAUAGAAAGAACAUAAUCAAAAAGCUUCUACGUCACCCUUCUUUCGAUCCAAUUCGUCAUCAUUUGCCUGAAGAUAUAACCACCAUUGACCCAUACUCUCUAUCGCAGAAUGUUAUCGAAAGUUUAAACAAAUUAGAGGUUCCUAAAAAGGAUGCGGCCAUGGUACACAAUAUGAUGAUAGAAAACUUAAGUGAUCUUGACUACGGCGUUGCAACAAUUCACUCAAAUAAUUUGCGUGAUCUUGAUUUAAAACCUUCACUUCCCGCCAUCAAACAAAUUAUUAGGAAUAAUCCAGGAAGAGUACAAAGCUCUUGGGAACUUUUUACACAAUACAAGGCCUCAAUGGAAAAUGUUCCUGAUGAACUGAUGGAAGUGGUCUUAGAAAAAAUUAUCAAGUUUGACAAGGCAGAAAAGGUUGAUGGAAAAAAGAGUCUGACUUAUCAAGACCUCGUUAGAUGUCUUUAUUUAAUCAACCAUUUUUCUUCAAAUUAUAAUUUGCCUUCAGAGCUCGUGGAACCUAUCCUUAUUUACAUAGUGGACAACGGAAUUCCCAAUGUUUUAGGUUCUGUACUCAAAUAUAAAAUACCGCUGAGCUUUUUUGAUAAGUAUGUCAGUGAAAUGACACAAUACCAAAUUUGUGAACUUUAUGAUUUUUAUUCGCUUGAUAAUAUAGUAGCUGAUCCAUUAGUACUACACAAGUGUCUAACUGUUCUGGGCGAAAACGAGAAAAUUCAGCAAACUGAAGAAGAAAAAGAAAUUAUUAGCAAGUUGGAGGAAGAAAUAGAUAUUGUUAAAUCACAAUGUCAUGAUAAUUGGAGCCUCGAAUUUCCGAAUUGGAGUGUACGCAAAACUGCAACUUCAUUCGAAGAAUUAUUUUUAGAGAUCCAAAAAAGAAACAUAGACAAGAAGGAUUUCGAAUUAGCUCACAAGCUGUUAAGAUUAAUUGGCGCUUUCAAAGGUAAAGUUUCUCUAUUUUUUAAAUUAUACGACGAAUAUCUCUUAAAAUUCAAAAAUAAUGAGGACGACUUAAUGUUUGAAGCGUUUUUAACGCUCUGCUGCCAGGGUUAUAAAAGCAGUAAUGAAAAAAUGCUACAAUACGCUGAAGCUUUUAUUAAAGAAGACUUUGAUUCCAAACUAGAGAGUAAAAUUCAAAGUGUGUUAAUUGUUGCUAACGCGAAAGCAAAUAUUGAUCUAUCUCUCAAAAUUUACAAUUCUAAUAUAUCUACUGCUAAACGAGAGAAAGAUAAGUACACAGAUCUUGCUGAAAGUGACGUAUUAACUGAAUCGCUCAUUUUAGCAUUCUUAUCCAGAGAUGAUGCUGAUUUUGCCAGGGUCAUCUUUGAUGGCGCACUAGGAGAAAAGCUGAUAUCAGGGCCGACUGCUGCAAAAAAAAUAAAAAAUCUCUUAGCCCAGUAUGGAGAAGCGUUAGAAACAAAAACAAGCAAACAAGUUAUGCAGACUAAGAUAGAACAUUAUAUGGAAAGCAUAUAA